AAAUGGAAACCAAACAGACCGAGCCCUCUACCCUCCCUCCAUUAAGACAAGGCCAUCCCCAUCCUCCCCUUGUUCCUCCAAUCCCCAUCCCCAUCUCCCCCCUCCCCCUCCUGCUGUGACUGUGCUGUGCAUUCGCAUUUCCAAAUUGCAAUUCAGGUUAAUUUGUUACGCCACCAGCAGCAUGUAACCAAGCCAAGCCAAGCAAAGCAAAAGCUUCACCAUCACCGCCGAGGUCGAGCAAUGGUAGCAGUAAUUCAUCCCCACUGCCACUGGAGGUGAGUGGUAGCAGCUACCUAGGAAUAGGAUAGUAGUAGGGAGCUCCCCCCCCGCCGGCCGGAGGACUUCGCCAUGCAGUCCGGCUAUGGCGGCGUCUCCGAGUUCCAGCAGUUCAUCAUGGACGGCGGCUUCGCCAUGUCCGCCCCGCCGCCGCAGCAGCAGCCGCCCCAGCCUGCCGCCGCCCCGGAGCUGGGCGGGCCCUUCAGGUACCAGCCGCUACACCACCACGCCCUGCCGCCGCAGCACCACCACCACCACCACGCGCCCCACAUGCCGCCGCACUUCGCUCACUUCGGCGCCGCCCCGCCGGCGCAGUCGCAGGCCGGGAUACCCUUCACGCAGCAGCUGCUGCACCAGGCGGCCGCCGCGGGGCACCACCUCCAGCUCUUCCACGAGCAGCAGCAGCACCACCACAAGCCCCCGCCGCAGCAGCCGGCGCCCGCGAGAUGGGCUCCGCAGCACCACCACCAGCAGCAGCACCAGCAGCCGCACCACCACCAGCAGCACCACCUGGGAUUCGACGUCGAGGCCGUGCCGGAGAGCUCAGGGGCGGGCGCCGGGAGCGCGGCAUCCGGCGGCGCAGCCCCUCCGGGAGUCCCCCCGUUCCUGGCAGCUGCCAUGAACUUCAAGCUGGCGGUCGACGCCGGCGGCGGCAGCGGCGCCACGGGGGGCACCGACGACGCCCUCAACGACGGGGGCGGCGGCGCGGGCGGCGGCAUGAUGCUCCAUGUCGGUGGCGGCGACGACGAGGCGGCCACCGAGAGCCGGCUCCGGCGGUGGACCGGCGACGAGGAGACCUCCAUCAAGGAACCCACCUGGCGGCCGCUGGACAUCGACUACUUGCACAGCACGAGCAGCAGCAAGAGGGCGCCGGGGAAGGAGAAGGUAGCCACUCCAGAGUCCCCCGCGCCGCCUGCUGCCGCUGCGGCCAACUACUUCAAGAAAGGCGACGACAAUGCCGCUGCCGCCGCUGCGUCUGCCGCGUCCGCGGGUGGCGGCAACUACAAGCUGUUCAGCGAGCUGGAGGCCAUCUACAAGCCGGGGAGCAGCGGCGCCCAGACGGGCUCCGGCUCCGGCCUCACCGGCGACGACAAUGCCAUCCUGGAGCCGGCCAUGGCCGACCUCCCGGGCGUGGCGGCCGCGGACGCGCCGCAGCUCAACGCAUCGGAGACGUCGGCCGGGGAGGACGCGGCGGCGGUGGUGCAGCCCCCGCAGCCGCCGGCGGACGCGUCGCGGCGCAAGCGGAAGCGGCGGCGGCAGGAGCAGCUGAGCGCGUCGGCGUCCUUCUUCGAGCGGCUGGUGCAGCGGCUGAUGGAGCACCAGGAGAGCCUGCACCGCCAGUUCCUGGACGCCAUGGAGCGCCGCGAGCGGGAGCGCGCCGCCCGCGACGAGGCGUGGCGCCGGCAGGAGGCCGACAAGUUCGCCCGCGAGGCCACCGCGCGCGCGCAGGACCGCGCCAGCGCCGCCGCGCGCGAGGCCGCCAUCAUCAACUACCUCGAGAAGAUCUCCGGCGAGACCAUCGCCCUCCCGCCGGCGUCCGGGGACGACACGAGCAUGAGCCAGGACGCGGCGGCCGGCAAGGAGCUGGUGCCCUACGAGGGCGGCGGCGGCGGUGGCGACACGCUGCAUCUGAUGAGCACGUCGCGGUGGCCGAAGCACGAGGUGGAGGCGCUGAUCCGGGUGCGGACGGGGCUGGAGGGGCGGUUCCAGGAGCCGGGGCUCAAGGGCCCGCUGUGGGAGGAGGUGAGCUCGCGCAUGGCGGCGGCGGGCUACGGCCGGAGCGCCAAGCGGUGCAAGGAGAAGUGGGAGAACAUCAACAAGUACUUCCGCAAGGCCAAGGAGAGCGGCAAGAAGCGCCCGGCGCACGCCAAGACAUGCCCCUACUUCGACGAGCUGGACCGCCUCUACUCGCGCACCGCCGGAGCCACCGGAGCCGGCGGCAGCAACAACAAUGCCGGAGACGAGGCGGCCAAGGCGAGCUCGGAGCUGCUGGACGCCGUGGUCAAGUACCCCGACGCGCACGGCGGCCCGCCGGGGUUCAUGUUCGACAGGGAGCGUCAGAACGAGGGCAAUGGCAAUGGCGGCGCUGAGGAUGGGAACGACGACGACGAUGGCAUUGCCAAGCGAAGAGCCGGCGGCGACGAUCAGGAGCAGGAGCAGGACGACGAGGUGGAGAGCCAUGGGCAUGAGGAUGAGGAUGAGUAGAGCUAGCUAGCUGAGGUGGAUCGAUGGAUCUCUCUAACCCCGGCCGAGCAGCCGCAUGCACGGCCAUGGCAAUGGCAUUGUUAAUUUGCUUAUUAAUCCGUUUCUUUGUUUCUACUUGUUAUUAGCUCCUCUCCGGCCUGUUACUACUUAUAUGUUAGCAGCACUACUGUUACUACUACUACUACUACGGUACUUGUUAUAUAAGAUGAUGAUGAUGAUGAUGCUGGCCAUCUAGCUUAUUAGCUACAAGUAAGAGAGAUGAUUGCUUACUUAGUUUAAGGAAUCAUUUGCAUGCA